CCUCAAGGUUGAGCCACGGACUGCAUUUAAGGGAGUAAUACUCCUUAACUAUCAUCGGGAGUCAUUACAAGACCUCGAUCUUCGAUCUAAAGACUAUUUUGAGUGUAUUUUAAUGUUGUGGUAGCAGUGUCAUUGCAGCCGACUCGGAUGUGGAAUCCCCAAAUUAUCGAGGAUUUUCCGUACGUCUGACCACCCUUGUGUUGUGUUUCCGUGUACGCUGUGGUCACAGAACGAUUGUUAUCGUUUAUUUAGAACGCAUGGGGUUUGUUUAGUUUCUGUGUAGUUCGCGUUUCAUGAUAUUAUGGCUGGGAUUUUGAACAAAGACCCGUUCACUUACCAGCAAGAACAAAAUGACUUUCUGAAGGAACUCAAACAAUUCCACUGCAAUCGAGGAACCCCAAUAACAAGAAUUCCUCGAAUAGGUGGGAAAGAAGUCGACCUGUAUUUGCUCUACCGACGAGUGAUCGGCUUCGGUGGAUGGCGAAAGGUUAAUGAUGAAGAUUUGUGGGAACAGAUCCAGGGAGACUUCCACAUACCCAAAUGCUGCAGUAAUGGAACCCAAGCCAUUAAACAAAUCUACAUCAGACAUCUGGACAAAUAUGAGAAGGUACAUUUCCAUGGACAAGACCCAGACAGCAAGUAUGUGGAGGAUGAAGGCGAUACUCCAGCCCGUAAAAAGAUCUGCCUGCCUAUUUAUGGUAUCCCUAGCUCGUACAACUACAGCCAACACAGGGUACCAGAAACUCUUCGCCAAUCACAUGGGUUUUCAACAGAUUACGUCAAAAUUAGUGAUUAUGAAAAAUUGGAAAAAGCACUUAUGUCGGGCCUUCCAAACGAGGUUGACUUUGUCAUCAAUGUGUGUACUCUAUUAUCCAAUGAGGGCAAACAUGUGUUACGAUUGAAAAAAUCCCGCCAUCUUCUCAACCUUCUAAUGGCUCAUAUAGGCAUAUUUGUACCAGGGAGCGAAACUUUAGAAGAUGUGUAUGAAUCCAACUGGACAAAAUAUUUGCAUAGAGAUUUUAUACAUUUUUGGUAUGAUACAGUCAAAGAUUCAGAAGCUAAGAAAUUGAUUAUAACCUCACGGAAUUAUAAUAGAAAAUCCUUAAUAGGUGAAGAGAUACUAAAUCUGGGUCGUGACAUGGGCAGACAUGACUUGGAGGGACAAAGAGUGCUACAGCUGGCUGUCAUUCUGAGAAAUUUAUCUUUUGAGGAAGAAAAUGCCACUUUUAUGUCUUCAAAUGAUCUAGUCUUCAGAUUUCUGAUGUUAUGUAUACACAGUAGCUAUGGAUGUUUGCGACCGUUGGCACUGGAUACUCUCGGGAAUCUGGCAGAAAAGAUGGUGCUGAUCCCAGACAAGGAACAAACAGACAUGGUGCUAAAUCUGAUCUGUAGAUGUUUGUCUGCUGAGGAUAAGCUGGAUGUUGUCAGAGGUCUGGAGAUCUUGAGUAAAUUGUGUAUGAAAGAUGAAAACGAUGUGAUACUGGAAGAGCGCCUGGAUGAUCGUAUCUAUGAGGAUGUGAUUCGCCUUCUGGGAGUGUAUGACAUCCAGAUCAUUGUUCAUAGUCUGGAAGCUCUAUACCAAUUAUCUGAGAUCGGUGAACACUCCGCUACCAAGAUUGCUGCUGUCAAAAGAGCUGUUGAUUUCUUGGUGACGCUGCUGACAAUAGAAGCACAAGCAUAUGGACCCAAUUCCUUAGUGGGAAUCAAGGUUGUGGAAUACUGUCCCCCUCCCCAACCUUCGGGGGAUCAGCCUGCCCCAGCCAAUUCACAACCCAUGCUUCCUUCACAAAAAAAUGCUCCUCAAGGUGCAGCAUUGAAACAAAAUGUACCAGCUACCUGUGAUGUCGAGUCGACAACAUGCAAUUGGUUACAAAGUGCAUUUGAAGUAAAAGACAGCGGUGAUUCCCUGUCACAACUUCAUCUCUACGCAGAAUAUAUCACCUUCUCCAAGAAGUACACUCUGCCACAGCUCUUACCAGCCCAGGCUUUCCUCAACUGUGUUAAAAUUGUGUUCCCAAAGAUUGAGAUGGUAACAGUUGGUAAGGAGGAUGGAUCACAGGAGAUUGUGUACAAAGGUCUUGUCAAGAAACUCAAUCCUCCACCAUUUGCUGUUCACUGUUCAGUUAAACCUCGUAGUAGUGUUGUGCACCCAUCAGCCUUUCCUUCGACAGCAUCUAAUCCAUACGCAACUGUUGACCUAACUCAAACUCCGACUCUCAGACAGCGUCUCAUGGAACCUCCCAGGUUAUCUCCCUUACAAGCCUCUCCAUCCCUUCUUCCUGUAGGUGGUGCACCAACAGCGGGGAAGAACAGUGCAAUAUCAUCGUCCACAUCUAUGUUGUUGUCAUCCAAAAUACAAGCUAAUCAACAAGCCACACCACCUGUACAGCAGAGAACGCCUACCAGGCCUUCUCAACAAUUGAAACAGAUCCAACCAGCUCCUUCUCCUCAUCAGUCACCAUCAAUAACAGUUACUAGUAAUCACUCAUCCACCCCAGUUAUCUCAUCUUCAUCCACCCUGCCAUCGUUGGGCAAUGCCCAGGUCAUUCAGUCUCGCAAUGUGUCAGCACCACAACAGCAAAUUCAACCACAGCAGGUAAUGGCUACUGGAGGACAGAAUCUUCCUGUAUUUGUUAUACAACAGGUCUGUCAGUCAGAUCCUACACAACAAGGCAACUUCCCUGUAUUUGUACAAGAGCCGCAACAAAAGUCUACAGAAACUCGCAUGAUAAAAACUCUUUUGGCUAAAAAGCUACGACACAACCAGUCGGGGCCAGUGCCCAUAUGUCCAAAGAUGGACCCCAGUAACCCGAUGCAGCUGCUGACCUUCACAACCCAGCAGAGCAAUGUUAUUCAGGAGCAGCUGCAGCAUCCCUACAUGAUGAGCAGUCAAGGAACCACUACUGUUCUGCCACAGUUUGACCAGCUUGGUCAGCUACAAGGCCAGGUACAGGUCAGCGUGGACAGUCCGCAGUCCAACCAGUCUCAGUCAUCACCCUCCUCUGGAAGCAUGUGUAUUGUCCAGUCUAGUCAGAUGGGAAUCAGUAACCCUACCUCCCAACAACAGGUGGUCACUUCCCAUCAAUCACGGCCAGUGAAAUCAGAUCGUACAGCAAAGAAGAAUGGCAAUAGCCCAAGUUGCACACAAUCACCUAGUACAAAUUCAUCUCGAUCAUCCUCACCAAAGAAUUUCUCCCCCAAACCGCAAGUCACACCAUCCCUUGGCCAGGCUCUGCCCUCCUCCAACCCAGAGUCUCCUCAUCCCAUGGAUGGGGACCUGGAGGUGUGUGGGGAAGUUGAACGCGCCAAGGAUGUGGUCACUGUUGGACAGGAGGCCAUGAUAGAACGUAUUGAAAACAAGUGUCUCGACCGCAUCAAGAGCAUGCAUAAAACAGUAACCACAACCCCUCAACCGUCCAUCCAACAUGCCCACAUGGAAUCUGGCCCCAUGAUAGUCCCUAAUACUGCUGUCAACACUAAUUCAGUGUCCAGUAGCAAUGACCAGGUACUGGAUACAGGUCAAAGAAGGAAUAAUAUGCUUAGUGACACAGGUCAAAUCAUUUCCAGUGUCCAAAGUCAGGACCAAGUUGUGAACCCACCUACAUUGAAUGCCAGUGAAUGUAGUGGUAACCCGAUCUCGGCCAUGGUUUUGCCUGCUGGGCCAGAAUCUACCAUGGCUUCUGCUACAGUAGAAAAUCAAAUUCGUGAACAAACUUUAUUUCAUCAGAACCACAAUGUGCUGCAAGAACCACAGAACAAUUUCUCGGGCAUUUUACAGAGUGAGAAACUGAAUGGUGAUAUUGGAGAUUCAGAGGAUAGUAUGUCAUCUGACAUUAACAAUACUAACAACAACCACACAACAGAGGGAAACCUAGACAGAACUACUGCAAUCUCAUCUAUUGCCAAAGACUGCACUAGUGAAGAUGAUAAUGUGUCACAGCUGGAGAGUGUGUCAGACAUGUCAGAAACAGCUAGGGCAGCUUUAAACCUAGAGGCAAGCUACAAUGACAUGGAGGUGAACAGCAUUGAUGAUUGUGUAGGAGAAGGAGUGGAGGACAACUUCCUCUGUGAUGAGGAGGCAAUAGAGAAAUACAAUAAUAUGGAUGACCAUUCAGAACAGAUCUUGGAGAAUGGAGGUAGAGAAUCUCUUCUGGAGAGAGAGGAUGGUAUCCUCACUCACCCUCCUCAAAAUGAGGACAGUAAUCUGAAAGACCUUCCUUCGAAGGAGGAAAGUGUGGUAAAGGACAAAGUUGUGGAGGAAGUGUCAGCUGUGAAUGGUAUCCCAGAAUAUCAGGAGGAAAUCAUCCCUUCUCCAACUCCUGAACCUGUUCUUACUAAUGGUCUGGAUUCUGAAGACAGUUGCUCUGGCAUCAAAGAGGACAUUCAGAGCUCUGUAGAGCUAAAGGAAUGCAUGAACAAACUUAGUGAAAAAGUCAUGCCAAAAAUGAAUGGCAUUAUGGUGAAUCAUGUUACCAAUGGUGAGGUGGACCCGUAUGAAGGCCACAGUAAUGGCAUUGAUUAUGAGCUGAGCAAUGAUGGGUUAAUGGGUAUCGGACAAGAGAACGGACAAAUGGAAGAGUCAGCGGACAAUGAGGAUGUGAAGCAUGUUGUCAUUCAUACAGGUGAAGGUGACCAUGUGGUCAUCAACUCACAAGGUUGUUUAGAAAUCAAUGGUAAAGUAACCAAUGUAGAAAAUCUACCAACGACAACUGUAACAAACUCAACGGAAGAUGAGGACUCGGAGCAAGUCCUGGCUAUAAAGAGCAUCCUUGAAGAGGCUAGUGAAGAGGAAGAGGAUGAGUACAACAACAUUGGUGAACAGACUGCUUGUUUCAAUCUGACAGGGGAAGGGGAGACAAUGGAGACUGGAGAAAAUAGUGCUUCUCGUGAACCAGCAGGGGAUCCUGAUGAAGUUAUCAUAGAAAAUGAAAUGUGUUUGAAACCAUUAGGUCAGUCAGGCCAGUCACAGACCCCUGAUGAAGUUACGGAAGUUCCAAUGGAAGAGACUGCAAAUGACCAAUGUCCGGACCAGAAUCAGGGUACUAAUCCAGUUUUGAUUCUAGAGCAGGACAGCUGUUCCCAGCCAGAAAUUCCCAUGAAUGAGGACUCAACUGACAGUUUACCUGUGUUACCACAGACUAGUGAGGAUAACAAAAUAGACAUUGUGGAGGCUGCUGUGGCCUCAUGUGAUCUGAAGCCCCAGGAUGGUAUGGACGAUAUUCCUUGUGCUAAUACCAUGACUGUGGGUAGUAUUGUACAGGUGAUGCCUAUCAGUAUAGGGGACAUGCCAUUAGGACAGCCACUGUUGGGCCAGCCCAUUAUGGGCCAACCCCUGUUAGGGCAGCCUCUUGUAGGCCAGCCAGCGUUGGCCAGACUGCCCUUUCCUACUAUCAUGGAUAUUAAUGUUGGAAGUAUUUCCAAUGACAAUACAUUUAAGAUCAGCACAAGUGGUGUAAAAGUGGAAACAAGUGGUAACAACAUCAUCUACAGUCGUCCCAGUGGUCAGUUAGACUUGACUGGUGGGCAGUUUGUAGUGUACGAGGAUGACAAGUCUCGAACAUCUUCAGUACAGGUGACAGAUGUGUGCAACUCGCGGCAUGUUCCUACUCCAGAGGCUUCCCGUGACAGUGAACUCAGCUGUGAUAGUGUUGCAUCAUCCCUAACAGACUCCUCCACAGACAAACAUUCCAUGAUCACUGCCGUUCAGGGCAUACAUAUGGCAGUGGCUGCCACCACCAACUCCAUCAAAAGUGCUACCACCCCCAUCCUCGCCUCCACCUCAUCUACACCAACCACAGGCGCCAAAAAAUCCAGUCAUACCUCCCGCUCAAAGUCAGGUGAAAAACGACCUAAGAAACGCAACAGAAAUGCAUCAGGUAGUGCUGAUUCACGGGGGUCAUCUGCUUCAUCCACCACCAACACCAGCCCACCCAGUCCAGAGUUCGUUUGUGAAUGGGCCAACUGUAAACGAUGUUUUGAGAACUCCCGGAGUGUGUUUGCUCAUGUUUGCUCCACACAUCUAGUGAGAGAUGUAGAUGGAGUGUGUCUAUGGGAAGGUUGUGAAAGGCUCCAAAGGAAGAGAUGGUCACUGUACACACACAUACAGGAUCAUCACUGUUCUGACCUUGCAUUAAAGGCAGCUAAGUUGCGGCGACAUCAGGCCCAAAAUGCAGGCACCACCAGCACAAAACCUCACACUGUACCAGCUCUGGUCUACCCGGGGGAUGCCGCUUGGCAAGCCAUACGCCGCUUCACACCUAAACCGCCCUAUCCCGAAUUUGUGGAACAAAGAGAAGGUCCAGUCACCAAACAUAUAAGACUUACCGCAGCUUUAGUACUCAGGAAUCUAGCCCGAUACUCUUCCCUAGGAAGGAGUUUAAUCAAGAAGCAUGAGCGCCACAUCAACUACACGGCAAUGAGUGCCCUGGAAUCCUCCAAUGCUCUAGCCAACUGCCUUUGGGAGACCAUCCAACAGCACUGACACAUGUCUUGUUGUUCACAUCAUUUUCAUCACAGAACAAACAUCCCACAAACUUGCAGCUUAAUGUGUGUUCACCCACACAGUCGUUAGUUGUGUUAGGAUGAUCAGCAGCCAUCCUUCAGUUGUCAUCAGCCAUCCUUAUCUCGCUGUCCAAUGUAUCAAAGCUACCCACUCGCUGCUCACACAUUGCCAGUGAUAAUUUGUUGUGUAUUUGUGUCGUAACUGGCACAACAGACUUCUCAUUGUUCAUAAUGGCUGUAUACAAUGUGUUCAUUUAUGUAUGUCUGUGAGAUACCAGGUGAUCCAGUUAUUAAUUAUUGUAUAAAUGUUUCCAUAUGUUGUCCAUGUGCUGAGAGGAUUAUAUGUUACAGAAAUGAAAGUCCAACAGAGAUAAAUGUAUUUAAUAUAUUGUUAAAACUGGGGAGUAUGAUGAAUCUAUUUUUCUUACGUGUGGCUAGCUUGUAUUAAUUCAUUUUCUUUUUUUUCCGCAUAUUUAAUUAACUUUGUCGUUUAAAGAAAAGAAAAUAUAUGAUUACUAUACUGGAGGGUUCAUUCCUUUGAGCUGUAAAGUUUAAUUUAUGUUUAGAUAUAGUUUCAAUGAAAUAUUUGUUUUGUAGAUGAAACAUUUAAAAUCUCACUUGGUAUCAAAUCUUUAUUUAUGAAGCAAUUACAUUUACAUUUUUUCUCACAAAGUUCAUGUCAUUAAACAUGUAGUACGUUUUUUCAAUUUCACAACCAAAAGA